UCCACAUCCAAGAUGGCUGCUGUCAGGAAGGAGAGACGUCGCUGAGGGUUUUGCCUGAGGUGAGGGGUUGAUGUUGGUCUGAAGAAAGAUCUUCAGAGGAUUUCAACAUUCCAGAGGCCCACUGGGGAAGAACAAAAUACUUCAAUAAAUGAAGGAGAACAAAGAAAAUUCAAGCCCUUCAGUCACGUCUACAAACCUGGACCACACAAAACCAUGUUGGUACUGGGAUAAGAAGGACCUAGUGCAUACACCCUCUCAACUUGAAGGACUUGAUCCAGCCACUGAGGCCCGGUACCGUCGAGAAGGGGCUCGCUUCAUCUUUGAUGUGGGCACACAUUUGGGGUUACACUAUGACACCCUGGCAACUGGAAUCAUUUAUUUUCACCGAUUUUAUAUGUUCCAUUCCUUCAAACAAUUCCCGAGAUACGUGACAGGAGCUUGUUGUCUCUUUCUGGCUGGGAAAGUAGAGGAAAUACCAAAAAAGUGUAAAGAUAUCAUCAAAACGGCCCGUAGUUUAUUAAAUGAUGUCCAGUUCGGCCAGUUUGGGGAUGACCCAAAGGAAGAAGUCAUGGUGCUGGAGAGGAUCUUACUGCAGACCAUAAAGUUUGACUUACAAGUAGAGCAUCCGUACCAGUUCCUGCUCAAAUAUGCAAAGCAACUCAAAGGUGAUAAAAACAAAACUCAGAAGUUGGUUCAAAUGGCAUGGACAUUUGUAAAUGACAGUCUCUGCACCACCCUGUCACUGCAGUGGGAGCCAGAGAUCAUAGCUGUCGCAGUAAUGUAUCUUGCGGGACGUUUGUGCAAAUUUGAAAUACAAGAGUGGACCUCCAAACCCAUGUACAGGAGAUAGUGGGAGCAGUUCGUUCAAGAUGUCCCUGUUGACGUUCUGGAAGACAUCUGCCACCAAAUCCUGGACCUUUACUCACAAGGGAAACAACAGAUGCCUCAUCACACCCCUCAUCAGCUGCAGCAGCCCCCAUCUCUUCAGCCUACACCACAAGUGCCCCAGGGGCCGCAGUCACAACCAUCUCAAGGCUCGGAAGCAACCCAGCCUCAACAGAAGGACUCACAGCAGCCAGCCCAGCAGCAACAGCCGCAAGCCCAGCAGCCCAAGAAACCAUCCCCUCAGCCCAGUCCUCCCCGGCAGGCCAAGCGCGCCGUGGUGGUCUCUCCCAAAGAAGAGAACAAAGCCACAGAACCACCACCACCACCACCUAAAAUUCCCAAACUUGAGGCUACUCACCCACCAUUGCCUCCAGCACACCCACCUCCAGACCGGAAGCCUCCCCUCGCUCCUGCCUUAGGUGAGGCUGAAGCAACUGGUCCUGUGGAAACAAGUGACCUCCCCAAAGUCCAGAUUCCCCCUCCAGCCCACCCGGCCCCUGUGCACCAGCCCCCACCAUUACCACAUUGGCCUCCACCCCCGCCACCCUCCAGCUACAUGACUGGGAUGUCCACCACCAGCUCCUACAUGUCAGGAGAGGGCUACCAGAGCCUGCAGUCCAUGAUGAAGCCGGAGGGGCCUUCCUAUGGUGCCCUGCCCCCAGCCUAUGGCCCGCCUGCUCACCUAACCUACCAUCCCCAUGUCUAUCCCCCCAACCCAC